CACAUCCGGUGUUGGCUGAUUAAGGGAAGUGAACGCUGGUAACUGUGUGUACCACAGCGAUGGCUCGACCUCUGUUUGGAGGCGCUUUAUCAGCUGUUAUUCCACCCAAUGCCCAAGAUAUCAGUGAUCUGAGGCAGAUCCCUGAUAAUCAAGAAGUGUUUGGUAAUUCUCAGACAGAUCAAAGUAUCAUCAUUGAACUGCUGGAGUACCAAAGCCAGGUGCAGGAUGCUGAUGCAGCCAGGUAUCACUUUGAGGAUGUGGCUGCCAGUAACAAAGCAGCAGAUUCAGGCUCUUGGGAGAUCAAAGGGGUGGAGCAGCUCCCACAAUCAGAACUGUCAUUACAGGAAUGCAGCUCUGCCUGGCUACUGUCUGGAGUUCAACUAGUCUCAAAAUUCAAUGAGGAGGCAAAGAACACUGUAAACAUUCACCUGUGCCUGUUCCGCCUGCCGCAGUACACCACUGAUUUCUUAGUGACAUUCAACGAUCCUGUGUGUAUCAAUCCCCUCAGCAGCAGUGCAACUGGAAAUGUAGCUGCUGUACCGUGGACACUACAAGAUUUCCGCAGUGUCCUGCAGUCCUUCUGUCUUCUCAACCCUGGAGUGUUUGGAUAGAUGAUUCACUCAUACAUUUAAAGACAUAAAAACAUAUACAUUUUAUAUUUUGAGAAGCUUUCAAAUGGCAGGACUAAACAGGUUUAUACUCACUAAAACACUUAACUGUUGGAAAUCUAGAACAAGUCUAUCAAAAAUAUUUUCCUUGUAGUGCAAUUCUUUGCAUUUGUCUCAUAGCUGUGUGAGAAAUGUAUAGGUGUGUAAAUAAAAUUGUAUUUUAAGAAAAAUCUGUGUUUACUCAAACUUAUUUCUAUCCCAAAGUCAUUUUCAGGAAUGAUGUUGAUAUAUUAAGUAGCAUUUUUCGAAUAAAAAAUGAGCAUAUCAAAAGCUCAUUAUCUACUGUAAUCAGAUUCAAACAUCUCUAUCACUUCAGCACUAAACUAAUGUCUAACUACUUAACUGGAAAUAAGAUUGUAACACAACUUUGGGAAUUGAGAAGAGGUUUGGGAAUGGAGAAGAGGAGACUGGGAGCAGUUACACGCUUCAGGUAGGCUUUUAUUUUCUGCCUUCACACUCUGUGCACUUAUCAGUGCUUUUGUUAGUUCAGUGUAACAAACUCUCAAUAAACAAACUUAUUUAAACUCGAUACACAAACAUACACUCAAUAAGACACGGCAGUUGCUGCACUUGUGUCGUUGCCUCUCUCCCUUCUCUGGCAUGUUUGGCUGCUUUUAAGGGCUCUCUCUGCCAUCACUGUAAUGUGAAACAGCUGUUAGAAAUGAGAAAUUAUGCCAACCAGCUUGACAAACCACAGCUCUCCCGCAAACAGACACCCGACCAUGGCCCCAUCCCCAUAUAUCCCCACCGCCCGACCUAAGCUGGGGCAACAUUCGGCCUGCCAA